UUUUCCUUUGUCCUUUGCGGUUCGUUUAGCUUCUUUGGUGCUUCUGCAUAUAACGUUCUUAGUGGACAUUAAAUACUCGUGAUUCAUAGCUAAAUUACAGUGAUUUUUAAAUUCAACUAUGCCGUCGACUCUGGAAUUCUGUGAAAAGUUCUACGGAACACGAGAUGUGUACACAAUCUUUGCAGUGGCCAAAGACGCUCAGGAAAGCGAAAUUAAGAAGGCCUAUUAUAAACUUUCACUGAAAGUUCACCCGGAUCGAGUAAAGGAAUCUGAAAAGGAGAACGCUACGGAAAAGUUCAAGGUUUUGAGCAAAAUCUAUGCGAUUCUUUCCGACAAAGCGAAACGAGCAUUGUACGAUGAACAUGGUAUCAUCGACGAUGACGAUGAUUGCUCCGGUUCCCAAUGGCUCAGCAUGUGGCAGCAGUUCUUCAAGCCCAUUUCCGUCGAGGACAUCAACAACUUUGAGAAAACGUACAUCGGAUCAGAGAUGGAGCGCAAUGACAUCAAGAAGUCUUACUUGAAUGGUAAGGGCUGCAUCAACUACAUGAUGGAUCAUGUUCAAUUUAUGCAAUGUGCAGACGAGCCUCGGAUCAUUGGGAUUGUUAAAGAAUUGAUUGCAGCUGGUGAAGUUCCGGAGUUCAAGAUCUGCACAGAAGAGCCAAAGGUGAAGCGUGAUCGUCGUCAUAAAAGGUAUGCAAGGGAAGCCAAAGAAGUAGCUGCGAUGCAAAAGGUCGAGAAAGAGAAAAAAGAUCCAAAGGAAUCUCUGGAGCAGCAAAUAGCGCUCCAUCAGAAAGAACGUGAGCGCAGAUUUACAUCGAUGCUGGAGAAAUACAGCCAAGUUGAAGAUGAUGAAGCUUACAGCAUUGACGACUACACGGCCAAUAAAACGCCUAAAGGAAAAUCGGAACCGAAAAAAACUCCACAGAAACAGGAAAUUAAAAGUAAAAAUCGCAAAAUACUGGCUGGCCGUGUAUCCAAGAAGACUAUCUAAAUUUAAAUGAUCAUUGCACACACACUUCGAUUUUUUUUGCCGAGAUUGGAUUAUUUUGCUGGAUCUCAGUAAAAAAAACACCGAGAUUCAACUAACAAACGGGAGUUUUACCGAGAUCUCAGCCAAUUUGUUAUAUUUUGCUGAAUCUUGGCAAGUUUUUCACUGAGAUCCAGCAAAAUAAAAUGCCGAGUUGCUCGCUGGUACCCAUCUCGGCAAAACAAAUCUAAGGCCGCGGCCAGGGUAGACGCGAUUCGCGACGCGACCAAUUCAAAAGAAUCUUAUUAUUUAUUAUUAUUUCUUGCGUGAGUCGCGUCUACCCUGGCUGCCACCUUAGUGUGCAGGUAAGCGAUAAACCAUCGUCUUUUUAUUCAUGUUAUUUAGACCACAGGGCUCCCAAAGAAUCGGCCCCUCAAUGAAUCUGUUUAAACCAAUUUUGGGAAGAAUCGAUUGCAUCAAUCGUAACUUUGAAAAAUGAGUUAAAUUAAAAAUAUCCUGUCGUUAAAUUACAAACAUACAUUUGAAGCAAAGAGAAAUAAAUUGAACUAAACUAUGUAUUUAAUAACUUUUUCAAC